GUGUGCCUGACAGCGCAGCCGAAGUAUGGAGCGGCAUCCUUCCUGGGGGGCUUGCCUUUGCUGCCCUUUCCUUAGCCCUAAUUGCGGCAGCGUGCAGAAAGGGUUGUGAAGGCCACGCGAACAGUCUGGUUCACAUGGCAUCAGCCAACUCGACCCCUCCUGGCUCUUUGGAUGUAAACCAGCCAGGGUUCCCCAAGGAGAUUCUGGGCACGGAACUGGUGGGCAAAUACCUGUGCUCGGAGUGUAGGAACAUCUUGCGGCGGCCGUUUCAAGCCCAGUGCGGCCAUCGCUACUGCUCCUAUUGCUUGAAGAAAAUUCUAAGCUUGGGGCCCCAGAAGUGCGCAGCCUGCAUCCAAGAGGGGUUGUACGAAGAAGGCGCGUCGAUUUUGGAAACGGGGGUGGCUUUCCCAGAUAACGCAGCUCGGCGGGAAGUGGAGAGUCUCCCGGCCAUCUGUCCCAGUGAGGGCUGCACGUGGAAAGGGACGAUCAAAGAGUAUGAGAGCUGCCAUGAGGGCAACUGCCCAGCCAUGCUGGUUGCCUGCCCUGCGUGCCAGGGCCUGGUCAGGCUGGGCGAGAAGGAGCAGCAUGCAGAGCAGGAGUGCCCUGAGAGGAGCCUCAGCUGCAAGUAUUGCCAAGCCCUCUUCCACUUCUCUGAAAGCAAGGCCCACGACGCAGCGUGCCCCAAAUUCCCCCUCGCCUGCGAGGGCUGCGGACGGAAGAAGAUCCCCAGGGAGAAGUUCCUAGACCACGUCAAGACCUGCAGCAAAUGCAGAGUCCCAUGCAGGUUCCAGCCAGUUGGCUGCACCCAGCUGAUGGAAAAUGAGAAACUUCCAGACCACGAAGGGAGCCAUCUGGGGGAGCACCUCUACAUGCUGCUGAGCUUUGUGUUGAGCUUGGGCUCCGCAUCCAACAAGCUGGAGCCCCUGCUGGGCCGCCUCUCCGCGGAGGCCGGCUGCGCCCUGGCGGCGGGCAAGCCCCUGGUCCCGGAGGCCGGGCUCCCCAGCUCCCCUGAGCUCCUGGGGAAGUGCGAGGCCCUGGAGAGGAAGGCGGUCACCUUCGAGAAUAUCGUCUGCGUCCUGAACCGGGAGGUGGAGAAGGUGUCGCUUGUGGCCGAAGCCUCCAGCCGGCAGCACCAGCUCGACCAGGAGAAGAUCGAGGCCCUCGGUGCCAAGGUGCGGCAACUGGAGAGGAGCAUUGCCCUGAAGGACCUGGCCCUGGCCGAGAUGGAGCAUGCCAUCCAGGAGAUGGAGGCUGCCUCCUAUGAUGGCCUCUUCAUCUGGAAGAUCACCGACUUCGCCAGGAAGCGGCAGGAGGCGGUCGCAGGGCGCUCCCCCGCCAUCUUCUCCCCAGCCUUCUACACCAGCAAGUACGGCUACAAGAUGUGCCUGCGGAUCUACCUCAACGGGGACGGCACCGGGAGGGGCACCCACUUGUCUCUCUUCUUCGUGGUGAUGAAAGGGCCCAGCGACUCCCUGCUGCGAUGGCCUUUCAACCAGAAGGUCACCCUGAUGCUGCUGGACCAGAAUAACCGGGAGCAUGUCAUUGACGCCUUCCGCCCAGACGUGACCUCCUCCUCCUUCCAGCGGCCCAUUAGCGACAUGAACAUAGCCAGCGGCUGCCCGCUCUUCUGCCCCCUCUCCAAGAUGGAGGCCAAGAACUCCUAUGUGCGCGAUGACACCAUCUUCAUUAAAGCCAUUGUAGACCUCACGGGCCUCUAGCGCCUCACCCGCUGGGAACUUGGAGCACAGGGUGUCCCCCUGUGGGUGCUAGAUGGCCGCGUGGGGCAGCAGGCGGGAUGCCCCCACGGUAGCGAGGGCCCGCCGGGCCUUCUCUCAGCCUUGGAAGCACACCGUGGCCUUGGGGAAGCACUGCAGCGAGGUGCUGCUUUAAAGCCCGGGGAAGGACAGCCCAGGGCCUGAAGAAGGCGCCUUUGCUGGUUCCAGCGUGCUCUUUGGGUUCUGCCGAGUCUGCCUCUCUCUGUGGGUUGCAUUUUUCUUCUCUUUCUCCGGAGCACCUCUUUCCCUCGACACCACAGGCAGCAGCGGUGAGGUCCUGGGGAGCUGGUCCAGGGCUUUCCAGGAGAGGAGCAAGCUCUCAGGGGUGCCUUUGAUUAAGGAGCCUGGCUUAGGCACACAUUGGGUACAGCAGGGAGGAUCAUCAAGCCCCCACUGGCAUGCAUCUGAGAGAGAAGAGCCUACACUGUUUGGCUGCUGGGGCUGCCUGUGGACAGGCUGGAAAUGGUACAUGGUGGGAGGGGGGCUUCAUCCUCUGGCCCAGCCUGGCAGCAUGAACAGAACAGUUGGCACGUUUGACCUCCUCCUCCCUGAGAGGGGGCUGAGCAGGCUGAGACAAGGGGGGGUGUUUGUGGCCCCGGGACAAGCCUCUUCCUUCCUUCAGCAGCUUCGGUCCCCUUGUGGCACCUUUUGCUGGGGAGGGAAGCCACAGGCCUUCCCAGCAUCACAGGAUGUCCAGGUGCCGGUCACAGCUGUGCCUUUUCUGAAGUUAAUAAAGUCACUUUUUUUUUUUUUUUUGCUUCCGAGUGAGGUCUGAUUCUGGCAGAGCCCAUGGUGCCCUUGGCAGCCGGUGUCUGGUGUGGUCACACACACCCCUGUGCAACCCUGCACACCAGAGCCCAAGGUUGGGAGGGGUCCUGAGAGAGGGAGGGCUGACGCCUUGCUUGGAGGUCUGGCCCCCUGCUGGGGGGCUGCAGGAGGUGGCUGGGGGGCGAGCGAAAGGGCUCCUUUGAGGAGAAGCAAGAUCCCCCAUGGGGAGACAGCGCCAUCAGGGUGGAUUUUGAUGGCAAUGCUGAAAGUGCUCUUCUCU